CAAAAUUUUGUUACUAUACCAAUAGGCCCACAACUCCAAGCCAUGUACCAGAACCCAGAGAGUGCACAAGAUAUGCACUAUCUCCAUGAAUGCACACAGGAAAUCCUCACUGAGUUAGAGAAAACUAGGCAAAUUCCUAUCAUAGAUGACAUUGCCAUGGGUUACAAUUACCUUGACAUGGUUCUGGAUGGGCACAUAAAAGAAAAUGACAUAAUCCUCAUGGUUUCACUCGACAGGACCCAACUCUACAAAAGCAAACAGUUGGACUGUUGGAUGUACAUUUGGGUUAUUGUCAAUCUCACCCCUGACAAGCGCUAUCGAAAAGUCCAUGUCCAUCCU